AUGGUUCAAGAUACUUCUAAUCAGAUCCUUAUGAUUAGAGACAAGUUGUUGAGGGCUCAGAACCGACAAAAAAGCUAUUAUGAUAACAAACAUAGACCAUUGGAGUUUGAUGUUGGUGAACACGUGUUUCUGAAGCUCUCACCAGUCGCAGCUGUUGGAUGGGCAUUAAAUGUGAGGAAGCUUAGUCCUAGGUUCAUUGGGCCCUGUCAGAUUAUCCAGAGGAUAGAACCUGUGGCCUACCGGCUAUUCUUACUUCCCCACUUGUCUGGUUUACACGAUGUUUUCCACGUAUCACAAUUGCGAAGUUAUAUACCGGAUCCAUCCCAUGUGGUGGAACCUGAUACAGUGCAGAUCAGAAAGAAUCUGACUAAUCUUAUAUGA